CGCGCUUAGUGCCCUAAUCACAGCCUCUUCUGUAACACGGGACCUGUCAGAUAUGCUACAGUUCACUCCUGCGAAAGCGGCAGCGUCGGUACUGCUGCUGAUCUUCCAGACUAUACAGACUAUCCAGACGAACAAGCAUGAUUGUCAUCGCCUAGCACGUCGGUGCCUAUCCUUGUUAGUAGACAUGCGCGACCAACUCGCAGACAACUGGGACGCGGCACCCCCUUCGUUGAUCAAAGCAAUGAAGAAGUUCGAGGAAACUUUACAGGAGAUUUACGAGUUUAUGAAGCUGGCAGCUGAGCAGAAGUGGGGAAAACGCUUCAUGCGGAAAACGACCAUCGAGAAUGCUAUAGCUGACUAUAAUGCUGCGCUUGACGACGCGGCACGAGCAUUUCAGAUCGCUACCCUUAUCAAUAUUCACCUGGCAGUUGGAGAUGCAACGCCUAAUAAAGGGGAGGCUGUCAGUGCACCUACUACAGUCUCCGUUGGCAGUCGCAGGACAGAAGUAGUGCAACAAUCGGCAACUCUCCCGCCAUACACCUCUUCAAGGACAGAAGUCAUGACUGAUGUGCAAGUGCUCACUGCAUCUCCAGCUCCGACCCGCUCAGCGACCACGACCUCGGUCGCCAUUACCUCACGCUCUAACUCGAGCGGACAGUCCACACGCAGCGCUCUUUCGCCUUUGUCUUCGAUUGACCUCAUCGACCUCUCGAGCCCGGCGAGCACUGACUUCGACUGCGCCGAAGUUGAUUCACCGCGCAUGCUCAUCUCAUUUGGAUCGGUUGAAGAGGAACUCCUCGAAACGAUAGACGAGGGAGAUCGGGAAGAAGAAACCGUGAUAAAUGAGCAUCAUGGCUUCAAUAGAUAUCAUCAGUCACAGUUCCGUAUGAAGGGAAAGUCGCGAACGAUCAAAGAGGGGUGGUGGGCUGGCGCGUUAGAAGGAGAUAUCAAUGGCCAGAAGUCGGUCAUGUUACGCUAUGAAGGGGAAAGGAAGAGUGCCGUGAAGCGAUUCAUCAGGGAUGUCAAGGUGCUUCAGAACGUAUACCACCCGAAUCUACCACAGCUCGUAGGCUAUUCGAAUGACGAGACUCCCACGCCGUUCAUAUUGCUCGCCAACGUACAGACCCGCUUACCGCAAGCGCUGCUGCUCGACUCUCUCAAAAACGCUAGCCUUGCUAGAUGCGCCCAACUUUUGCUUCAAUUUUAUCGGGAUACUUUGGAUGCAGCGCUCUAUUACCAACGGCAACUAAACCUAUCCGAUUCGAAAUUGCAAGACUAUGUCGAGACUGCGAGCUAUAGAAUAGACAUGGAGCAGUCAGUCAUCAUGGGCCUCCCGCCUCCAGAGAUUGACGGAGUGGUGUCAUGGAGGAACUAUGGCGUCGCCCAUUCUAUACGUAAUAUCUACCUGAAGCUCCUACCUAAUGACGGUCUACUGCCAAAGCAACCGGUCGACACGAGCGACGAGAGCACAUCAAUCGAGAUGCAAAGCAGACUCAACCACCUCACUGUCCUCGCUCGCAUGAUUCUGCCGAGUCUCGAUAACGUCUCUAUCGUGCGUGAAAGGUUACACAAACUGCUCGGCAACAUGCACGACGAGUACGACGACGAGGAAGAACCCCUCGAGAUUCAGCCUAUGUCCCUGCGGCAGAUCCGUCACGCCGCAAUCUCCAUCGGUGCUCAUCAAGCAACGUGGCAUGAGAACACCGGUAUCCCUCCGAAUAAGUUCUCCGUGGGAGACCUCGGGUACAUACCCAAGGGUGAUGGAGAGCAAAUGGAUUGGAGCAAUUUCGUCGCAAUCUGCAAUGUUUUGACCGAAGACACGGCCAAAUUCGAGGUCUCCAGUGUCGCAGGGGCAAAGCAAGGAGGAUGGCACAACGGCCGUCACCAAUGGGACGAGUUAGCAUCAUUCGAGCUGCCUGGCGGGGUGCAUGGUUGGACAAUAGUUGUGCCGCCAGAGGCCGAUUACACCGUCGAUGUCGUACAUUCGACGGAGAUUGUACGUGUCCCCGACGCAUGGAGAUAUCUCCUCGAUGCCGGCAAGGAUUUGGCGAAAAAACAUGGUGUUCAGCCCGAAGACCUGAUACUCAUCACUCGUGCCGGAACGGAUCAGCGAUUCAAGAUUCGUGACCUUCGCCAGGUACAAUAUUGGUCGGCAUCUCACGCUCCCGCUAUACGCGGAUUUCACCAACCACAAUUCGGCGGGCACCAUUUCCAUCAUGGCCAAGGAAUGGGCUUCGGGGGACAUGGACAAUUUGGACAUCAGCCCUUCGGCAGCCAAGCAGGAGACCCGCGGAGACUCGUCCCGGGGCAGGAUCUAGCGCCCAAGAUUUUCUAUCUGUUCACGUCCAGCAAAAAGGAUCAUGAGCCAUACUUCUCUCUGACGCCGAUGCACACGCCUCGCCCAUCGAACGAGAAACCUCCUCAGCUGAACCCUAGCGUGGUGCGAUGUUUCGCAUCGUUGGAUAUGACAUGGGGUUUCCUCAACUAUGUUCAGCUGCAUGCGGAGGACUUCACAGAGUGA